AUGAACUCGUUCGUGGAGUUCUCCGUGUGUAACCGUCAGGGGAGCGGCGGUUAUUCUGCCCCCAAAGCCGGGUACCCCCCCCACCCCCACCUGCACCACCACCACCACCACCUCCCCCUGGACCAGCACUUCUCCGUGGCCCCCGGGGGCCUCCACCCGGGCCCCGGGGGGGACGGCGGCUACGCGGCGGACGGGAGGGGGUACGAGGCCGCGGGUGCGAGCCAGCAGCCGCAUGCACACACCGGUUAUCACCACCAGAACCAGAACCAGAACCAGUUACUGUGUCAUUACACCAACGGGAGUGUGGGGGGCUCGGGGCCCUACGGGGGCCCCUGUUCCGCAGACUCCGAGUAUGCGGGUCACCCCGGCUCCGGGGCCCCCCAGUACUUCAUGGAGGAGUCUGUGGGCCCCCCCUACUACCAGCAGCCGGCCUUCCCCGGCACGGCCGGCUACACCCCCCUCACCGGGGCCUACUGCGGGGCCCAGGGCUCCCUGUCGGGCCCCCAGUACCCGCAGCAGCAGGGGACCCUGGACCCCGGAGCUUACCUGGGGCUCCCCCAGCCGGCGGGCUACGACCUCCUGUCCGGGUCCCAGGACGGAGGCCGAGGGGACGAGGACCAGCAGGCCGGACAGGGACACACGUUCGAGUGGAUGAAGGUGAAGCGGAAUCCCCCCAAGACAGCCAAGGUGUCGGACUUCGGCCUGUCCCCGCACAACAACGCGCUGCGCACGAACUUCAGCACGCGCCAGCUGACGGAGCUGGAGAAGGAGUUCCACUUCAGCAAGUACCUGACGCGGGCGCGGCGGGUGGAGAUCGCCGCCACGCUGGAGCUGAACGAGACGCAGGUGAAGAUCUGGUUCCAGAACCGGAGGAUGAAGCAGAAGAAGCGCGAGCGCGAGGGCGCCGGCGCGCGCCCCCGCUCCGCCGGCGGGGACGCGGACGGCGGAUUCAUCUCCAAGGAGACGGACGACACCGACCACUCCUCCGCCUCCACGUCUCCCGGCGCGUCCCCGAACUCCGAAACGUAG